UAGCUGCAAAAAAAGAAAAAAAGAAAAAUCAGUUUUGUACUCAUUUAGCGAAAAUGGGAACUCCGAUCUCCGGCGAAUUAGACGAUUGGGAUCGACCUUUUACAGAGGAAGAACUCCAAGAGAUAGAUGCUGCAUUUGAAUCAGCUACCAAGAGAAAAAGCGAUUCCGAAGAUGUAGCCGCCGCCGGCGAAGAAUCCCGUCGGAAAAGUCGCCGGAGAUUGCCGGCAUCUCUUUUUGUUUAUCAUCAACAAAAUGAGGUUUCCGAUUCUUCAUUGUUGUCUCCUUGCACUAGAAAUCAGUCUCGGUGUAGCUAUUCAUCUCGUUCUUCUAAUCAAGGGAUGUUACUGGUGGGCGGUGAAGUUACCCGCGAAAUUAGUCGAGCAGCUAAGAUAGUGAUGCAAUACCCGGAAAUGUCCUUUAAAGGACGUGUUAUAUACAGCAGAACUAUUAACGAGGUGGAGAAAUCUGCAGUAGAGCUGUUAAAUUUUGUUGAGGAAAAGAAGAGGAAAGAAGGUAAUGUUGCUCUUGGAUUUGACAUUGAAUGGAAGCCCACUUUUAGAAGAGGUGUGCCACCUGGGAAGGCUGCUGUUAUGCAGAUAUGUGGUGACAAGGGUAAUUGUUAUGUUCUGCAUAUCAUCCACUCCGGAAUCCCUCAAACUCUGCAAUCUCUUCUUGAGGAUCCAACUGUUGUGAAGGUGGGUGUUUGCAUUGCAAAUGAUGCUUACAAAGUUCGCCAAGAUCAUAAUGUAUCUGUGAAGGCUUUGGAAGAUCUUUCCGAACUUGCCAACAAAAAGCUUGAUGAUCCCAAGAAGUGGAGUCUAGCAUCAUUAACUGAGAAGCUUCUUGCCAAGCAGCUCCCAAAGCCAAGUAAUAUCAGGUUGGGGAAUUGGGAGGCUAAUGUGUUAUCUAGGGACCAACUACAUUAUGCUGCUACAGAUGCCUUUGUUUCCUGGUACUUGUAUCAGGCACUGCAGAGCCUUCCGGAGAUUGUUGAUAACAAAGAGUGAAGAUAGGUUCUUUGGCCGGUGAAGGAUCUUGUUACUUUGGUUGCUGAGAAGAAAUGCAGCUUGAACUUCAUUAAUCUAAAGUAAGCUCUACUCGAGCUUUGUCCAUGGAAGCUAUUCAUUCAUUUGUACAAUGUAGUUAAGUUCCAUGUCUCACAUUGUUGUGCAAGUCAUUGUUACUGAAAUCAUAAUUAUAAAACCUCAUUAUAAGUUAAAGCGUUCUAGGUAAUGCUGCUGUUGUAAAAUAGAUAAACCCUCUACAUGAUUCUUACAAUGUAAUAGCCCCCGGGGCUUUGGUUCAAUGGUAAGAGUGCAGCCUUGAUGUUUGAAUAGA